CCAUCGUGGUAUCCUGCAGAAAGACUUAUUGGGUGCAAAAACAAGACAUUUGUCUACUUUGUAUACCCAAAAAUUAUAGAUAAUUCCCAAUGAUUUUAGUGAUGGAUUCAAAUACUCAAACUGUGCUUGUAGAUGAUGAUGAUAUUCCAUAUGAAGAAGAAAUUCUUAGAAAUCCUUAUUCUGUAAAGCACUGGUUGAGAUAUAUUGAAUUCAAAAAAGAUGCACCAAAACAAGUAAUAAAUUUGUUGUAUGAAAGAGCUCUAAGAGAACUGCCUGGAAGUUAUAUCAUUUGGCAUAAGUAUUUGAAACUGCGAAGAUCUCAAGUUCGAGGGAAGUGUGUCACAGAUGUGUGUUAUGAAGAUGUUAACAGUGCAUUUGAAAGAGCUUUGGUCUUCAUGCAUAAAAUGCCUCGAAUUUGGUUAGAUUAUUGUGAAUUUUUAAUGAAUCAAUGUCAGAUUACUAAAACACGUCAUGUAUUUGAUCGAGCUCUCCGUGCUCUUCCAAUUACACAACAUCACAGGAUAUGGCCUCUAUACUUAAAGUUUGUUUCGGAAAAAGGAAUACCUGAGACAGCUGUUAGAGUCUACAGACGUUAUUUAAAGUUAUGCAAUGAAGAUGCAGAGGAUUAUAUAGAAUAUUUGAAACAAAUUGAUAGGCUUGAUGAAGCUGCUGUAAAGUUGGCAGAAAUUGUUAAUGAUGAAAAAUUUGUAUCAAAACAUGGAAAGUCAAAACAUCAGCUGUGGAAUGAGCUAUGUGAACUAAUUUCAGAGAAUCCAGACAAAGUGCGAUCUCUUAAUGUUGAUGCUAUAAUACUUGAUGGCUUACGACGAUUUACUGAUCAAGUUGGCCAUUUCUGGAAUUGCUUGGCUGAUUAUUAUAUUAGAAGUGGAUUAUUUGAUCGGGCAAGGGAUAUAUAUGAAGAGGCAAUUAAUACAGUUAUGACAGUUCGAGAUUUUACUCAAGUUUUUGAUGCAUAUUCACAGUGCGAAGAAAGUUUGAUCAAAGCAAAAAUUGAAUUAGUUCAGAAAGGAAAUUCAACAGAGGAAGAUACCCUUGAACUAGAUUUAAGACUCGCGUGGUUCGAUUAUUUACUGGAAAGAAGACCUCUCUUAUUAAAUAGUGUCUUGUUGAGGCAAAAUCCACAUAACGUACAUGAAUGGCAUCGGCGCAUCAAACUUCUGGAAGGAAAACCCAAAGAGAUUGUGAGUACUUAUACAGAAGCUGUGCAAAAAGUGGAUCCUAAAUUAGCUUGUGGGAAACUGCACACAUUAUGGGUUGCAUUUACUAAAUUUUAUGAAAGCCAUAAGCAACUUAAUGACGCAAGAAUAAUAUUUGAGAAGGCAGUCCAAGUUCCUUAUACAGAAGUUGAUGAUUUAGCUACUGUGUGGUGCGAAUGGGCAGAAAUGGAAAUUCGUCAUAACAAUCUUGAAAGGGCACUGAAACUUGUGCAAAGGGCUACUGCUCUUCCUGUAAGCAAAGGAUCCUAUCAUGAUCAGUCUUUGCCAGUUCAAGAAAGGCUCUAUAAGUCAUUGAAAGUCUGGUUGUUAUAUGCUGAUUUGGAAGAAGUGUUAGGAACUUUUAAGUCUAUUAAAGCUGUAUAUGAUCGGAUAAUUGAUUUAAGAAUUGCCACACCACAAGUAAUUAUCAAUUAUGGAUUAUUUCUGGAGGAGAAUAAAUAUUUUGAAGAAGCUUUUAAAGCUUACGAAAAAGGAAUCUCUCUUUUCAAAUGGCCUAAUGUUUAUGAUAUUUGGAAUACAUAUUUAGUGAAAUUCUUGAAGCGAUAUGGUGGUACUAAGCUUGAAAGAACAAGAGAUUUAUUUGAACAAUGCCUUGAACACUGUCCACGCAAAUAUGCUAAGUCUAUUUAUUUACUUUAUGCAAAGCUAGAAGAAGAACACGGUUUAGCAAGGCAUGCCAUGGCAGUAUAUGAAAGAGCAACAAAAGCAGUGCUACCUGAAGAACAAUUUGAGAUGUUCAAUGUCUAUUUGAAAAAAGCUGCUGAGAUUUAUGGAGUUACUUACACUCGUCAAAUCUAUGAGCAAGCCAUUGAGGUGCUGUCUGACAAUGAAGCAAAGCAAAUGUGCCUAAAAUUUGCUGAUCUGGAAAGGAAAUUAGGUGAAAUUGACCGAGCUCGUGCAAUUUAUGCUCACUGCAGUCAGAUGUGUGAUCCAAGGACAAAUGUAGAUUUUUGGGAUUUAUGGAAAGAAUUUGAAGUUCGACAUGGAAAUGAAGAUACUAUGAGAGAGAUGCUGAGAAUCAGAAGGAGUGUUCAAGCUUCAGUUAAUACUCAGGUCAACUUUAUGUCAGCACAGAUGCUGAGUGCUGCUGUAGCUGCAUCUGAUGGUCUUACAGAUACUGGAAAAGAUAGCAUGCAACGUUUAGAAGCACAAGCUAAGGUCUUGGCUACAGAAGCUGCUAGAGAUCAACCAAUUAAUAGAAACAAAGUUGCAUUUGUCAGAGGAGAAGUAACAGAACCUGAAAAAGAAAUAAGUAAAGCUGAAGUGUAUAACUCAGAUGAAAUUAACCUGGAUGAUGUAGAAUCUGAUGAUGAAAUUAAAAUUGAUGAAAUACAACUAGAAGAAAGAGGUGUGCCUGAUGAAGUAUUUGGACAAUUAAAAAAAGACUGAAAACUUUUUAAAUGUGAAUGGAAAUUUCUGAAAAAUUGUACAAACUUGUAAAUAGCUUUAUAAAAAGAUGUUUAAUGUUUUAAA